GGAGACUCGUUCUCUUAUUUGACGAAGAAACCGCAGACGGAAGCAGACACAAAUGCUAACACCACCGCCGUGCCUCUAAGCUGACGCUCUGCCCGGCGUUACCAUUUCUGCCUCUCGACCAAUCGCGCGCCCACACCUGUCCCCUUUCGCCCCUCAUCGCAUUUCACAGAACCUCACCACCUAUAAAGAGGCGUUACGUACAUAAACACACGCGUCGCCAUCACUACUCUCUGUGAAACACCCAGCCAAGAACAAACCCUAGUUUUUAUUCGCUUAAUUUCGGUUUCAUAGCAGACGAAGAAUUUAGAUGGAUGAAAGGGAUGUGGAGAUGGAGGACACUGGAAAGCUUCUAGAAGAUGAAGUGGUGGGUGGUGAAGAGUGUGUUGAAAAAAACCAGCUCGAUGAAAAAGAAGCAGGAGACAAACAGCAAGAGUCUUUUGAUGUUCAAAGCCCAAAUGAAAUUGUGACAGAGCAAGAAAAACCAAGUAAGGAAGACAAAAGUGAGGAGGAAUCACCUGUGGAUGAGACUCAGGUUAAUGAGAAAGAUACUAAAUCCAUGGAUGAUGAUGAUAAGGUUCAUGAAGGUAACAAAGAUGCUACAACAAUGGAUGAUGAUAAAGCUCAUGAUGGUAAUAAAGAUGAUGACAAUGGUGUAGUAGAUGAAGCUGACCAUGACCAUGAUGCUUUAAUGAAUAUGCAAGAGAAUAACAAUGAAGGAGAUGAAAAACAUCAAGAGCUUGUGACUCCAACCACCCUUGUGAUACAAUCACCUAGCAAAGCUGAGGAUCAUAGUGUAGUGACACUAAAGAAUGAGCUAGAGGACACAAAGAUGGAUGAGGGUUAUGAAUCUGGAACUCCAGAGGAUCAAGAAACAUUCAUGAAAGAGGUGGAAGCCAUUUAUAAGGAGAAAAACUUGGAAUUUAAGCCUCCUAAGUUUUAUGGACAACCGUUGAACUGUUUAAAGUUAUGGAGGGCUGUUAUCAAAUUGGGUGGAUAUGAACGGGUAACUGCAUCCAAAUGGUGGCGACAAGUAGGAGAAUCUUUUCGUCCACCAAAGACAUGCACAACCGUUUCGUGGACAUUCCGCCAGUUCUAUGAAAAGGCACUUCUUGAAUAUGAAAAGCAUAAGAUCCAAACUGGUGAGGUUGAACUCCCUCUAGCAACCGUAUACCCAGAGGCUCCUAUUGUUGAAAUUGAGACAGUUGGUCAUCAGACACCAGGGUCAGGUAGGGCCCGUAGGGAUGCUGCAGCUCGAGCCAUGCAGGGUUGGCAUGCCCAACGUCUCCUAGGUUUUGGUGAGGAAAAGAAUUCUAACAAUUCACAGAAGCGCGAAAAAAGUCUGAAAAGCAUUGGGUCACUUAAACAAAAAAGACCAAGUGAAGUGCAGCAUCCAGUGAAAGCUGUACGAACCGAAACAUCUAGGCAAGUUGUCACCACGGUUGCCGAUGUGGGCCCCCCUGCUAACUGGGUGAAAAUAAAUGUGCGAGAAACCAAAGAUUGCUUUGAAGUGUAUGCCCUAGUUCCAGGGCUUCUACGGGAAGAGGUACGUGUCCAAUCUGAUCCAGCUGGACGGCUAGUCAUAACGGGUCAACCCGAGCAACUUGACAACCCGUGGGGCAUUGCUGCUUUCAAAAAGGUGAUUAGCCUACCAUCAAGAAUUGAUCCGCUUCGUACAUCAGCAAUUGUGAGCUUACAUGGACGCCUGUUGGUUCGUGUGCCUUUUGAGCAGUCAAACAUCUGAUCUCAUCUGAUGUUUUAAACUGAAAAACAAGUUUUAGCUAGCCUAGGGGACAUUGAAUUGAAGUAGUAGGAGGCAAAUAUUUAGUGUUAUUAUAUAUGAUAUGAUAUGAUAUGAUAUGAUUGGUGGUAAAAAUGAUUUGAGCCAACAA